CUUAGUCCCACCCACCCAUUCAUCAUUCAUCCGCUUUAUUUCUAGCAUUAAAUCCUUUUUUUUUUUGUUCUCUCUCGAGUUUUUUGUCCAUUAUACAUCAAAGCAAGCAUCAUCAUCAAGAUACCGGCUUCCAACAAAGAAGUAUAAUUAUUCUAAUGGAUUUUAGGUAUGGCAAAAAAUAAUGCUAACCGAGAGACACAUAGUCUAGUCUGAAGAGAAAGCAGGGCCUCUAGCAUUGCCCUUUUUGGCUCCUAUCAUCAAAUAUGUUUUUGGAAAUGAAUUCAAACUUAUCAUCCAAUUCCAGACAGCCUGGAAUUACUCUUCAUCAAUAACCUAUAAAAAUCCUUUCCUCUAAUUUUGUUCUUUCCAUGUUUGCUCUCACAAAGACCAUAUCUCCAUCCAUUUUUAUCUAGAACCAAAGAACUAAAUAAAUUCACACACUUAAACUUUACCAUGCACUUCAGAUAGCCUUUCACACCCCCAAAAAGUUAAUCACCUCCAGGCUCUCCAUCAGUAUUCUUUUUAACCAGAUGGGGGUAGCAACAUCAUCCAUGGCAGCAAAAUUUGCUUUCUUUCCACCAAAUCCACCAUCUUACACCAUAUUAGUGGAUGAAGAAACCGGAAAACUUAGGCUCUCAUCAGAUACACUCCACCAGAGGGACAACGUAGAUGUUUUGAGAUUGUGUACCAAGAAAGGCAAUGAGAUUGUUGCCAUGUAUGCGAAGAAUCCAUCAGCUUCAUUGACAGUGUUGUAUUCUCAUGGCAAUGCUGCUGAUAUUGGCCAGAUGUAUCAUAUUUUCACUGAGCUUAGCUUGCAUCUCAAUGUUAAUCUUAUGGGGUAUGAUUAUUCUGGCUAUGGACAGUCUUCUGGAAAGCCAAGUGAGCAAGACACGUAUGCUGAUAUAGAGGCUGCAUUUAAAUGCCUUGAAGAGACAUAUGGAGUGAAGGAGGAAGACAUUAUAUUGUAUGGCCAGUCGUUAGGGAGUGGACCUGCUCUUGAAUUGGCUACCCGUUUGCCUGAAUUAAGGGCUGUUAUUCUUCACAGCCCUAUCCUGUCUGGCCUUCGAGUCAUGCAUCCUAUCAAGAAAACAUUCUGGUUCGACAUUUACAAGAAUAUUGAUAAAAUCCCGCUAGUCAAUUGCCCGGUUCUUGUAAUUCAUGGAACAGAAGACGAAGUUGUGAAUUUCUCUCACGGGAAGCAGCUCUGGGAGCUUUGCAAAGAGAAGUACGAGCCAUUGUGGCUUAAAGGAGGGAACCACUGCAAUCUGGAACUCUACCCAGAAUACUUGAAGCAUCUCAAGAAGUUCAUAUGUGCCAUCGAAAAAUUGCAGCCGUGUCUUAGAAAUGUAUCAGCCCAAAGUGCUGAUCAACCUGAACAACCCUUGAAUACUGCAGAACACAAUGCAGAGAAGCCAAGGCCAAGCACAGAUCAUAAAGAGAAGGCAAGGCCUAGCAUUGGACACAGAGAAAAAUCCAGGCUAAGCACAGACAGUAGAGAGAAAGCAAGAGCCAGCACUGACAGAAGAGAAAGGGCACGGAAGAGCAUUGAUCGCAUGGGCAAAGCAAGAAAUAGCACGGAUCAGCCAGAGAAAGCUAGGAACAGCUUCGACCGGUUGGGAGACAUGGUGAGGUCUGUUGGAUUGUGCAAUGUUGAUUGUCUGAAGCAGACAGCUGCUGAGGCCUGAUCGAUCGGGUUAAGUUACCUUGUGGGUUCUGAAGUCUUUGAGAAAGCUCCAGCUUGAUAAAUCAAAUCAUGUUGCUCCUAAAUAGUCCUGGAUCACUUCAGCAAAAGAGAGAAAUUCCUUUGCUGCAGCUGUUUGCGCUUUCAAAAUAGCAUCUAAGCAAGGGGAGUAUGGUCAGCCAGCAAUCAUCAACUCUCCCUUACAGCUUUUUAGUCUGGUGAUUGCUGGUUGGUUCUUAUUGAUUUUAUUAUCCUUAUUUUCAUAACCUUCCUCGUCCAAUUUGCUGUUUGCUUUUUCCUGUCGAUCUUUUUUGUGAAUUCUUGUAGCUGAAAUGACUACAAGUGCUGUGCCUAUUCAGUGAAAUAAUUUCAUAAAUAUAUUUAGUAGAGUUAAACA